UAUCACUCCAUCGUUGAAUCGAUCGUCGGUUCACACACUGUGCGAGCGAGUCUUCUCAGUCAAUGACAUUCAUUCGCCUACCCUCCAUAAUCGCGUCAUACACAGACAACACACCAACCAGAAAGACAGACAGGCAGACCUCUCACCCCCACCCUCUCCCACCUCCCAAUCAUAUAACUACUCGAAGGUCAGUGCGAGCAGGUUGUUGUCCAUCGAGUCAGCCACAGUCUGCAGCCACCCACCCCUGGCAGGCAUCGAGCCCCUCCUCCCAUCACGAGACUGAAGCCUCUGAAUCCGCCCUUCAAAGGCCGUCAGGUACGCACCACCACCAGCAGCGGGGGGCAGAAGGUAGUCGUUCCUGCCCCGUCCCACUCGCUCAUUCGCCGUUGUGUAGGAGGUGCGGUAGAGGGGGCUCGGCGAUGGGGCGGUGGCCGCAGCAGCGGCGCCAGCAGACGAGGGGCGCUCUUCCUCCUGUCUCGCGGUCCUCUUGGCUGCUGAUAUCCUGGAUGACGACAUGAAUCGUGAGAAGAAGCCUCCCUGCCGCUGCUGUGUGGAUGCGGACGAGGGGGAGGAUGGGGCGGGAGAGGACGGCACGUACCUGGCGGAAAGGUCGGCUGUGUGCUUGUCAAAAAGUGUGUUUCUCGUGUGUACAUGUUGGUGUCUCUUCGUGUGUUGCGGCUGUUGAUGUCAUUGACGAGGUUCUUGAGGUCCAGGUUGGCGAUCUCCAACGAGGUCGCCCGGACCUCUGACUGGGCUCGGACCUCCUCUGCCUCCAGCAACCUGCGAGAGCACAGAAGGCACACUUGUGGCCCUUGUUGGGUCGGUAUGAGUGUGUUGUGGCAUACUUGGCCUCGAGCUGGUGCAUCUGUGCGCUGAACCGCUCGGCACGCUGCUGCGCCUCGGCGCGGUCGUCACUGAAACGACCGAUCCAGCCAGGCAACCAAGUUUACACUCCGCAUACGGCCAUGGUGGACGUUCGCGAGUUUGAGGCCUUGUGGGCUUCCGGUGCUUACGCGCAUUUUCUGUUUGCUUCGGCCAGUCGUGUCUCGAGUUGGUGCUUGGUCUCCUGCAGACGGCUCACCUCCAUCUACACGCAGAGAGACACAGAGAGACAGAGACAAAGACGUUGACCAUAGGCAUGACCAGGGCAAUGAUCGCUGCCUACCUCCAGCUCCUGAGCUCGCCUCUGCACCUCGUUGAGGCUGCCCCUCGCCCGACGCUGCUCAGCAUCCAGCUGCCGGCCCUACACAGCACACACACCCAUCUCAUCAUUGGGCCGUGUGUGCCUUCAUACGUACGGCCUCGUCGCGGGUCUUCUGCAGCUCCUCCUGCACCCUGCAUUUGUUCACACACACAUACAAACAUGCGACAAGACAAGACAGACAUGCUCCCAUGUACGUGUCAUGAAGGGCCUUGAGCUGCUGAUGCGCGACUUUCUCAGACAUAUACUGUUGCCGAACCACCUCAAGCUGAUUGAGACAUACACCAAGACACACAGACGAGCCCUCAGUUCAUAUAUUGUGAAGAGAUCUUCCACACUGAGACACUCAUACACACACACACACACACACCUCCUGCAGUUGUUCCUGGCUGGCGUCCAGCUGUCUGCGGAGGGAAUCGUUCUCGCGCUGCAGCUCCUGCACGAGGCUCUCAGCCGCCCUCAGCUGGCUGUGCACCCCAGCUGUGUCACGUGCGUCCAUGUGCACGCCGUUGAUCUGUCUGCCGCCCUGGCGCAGCUCAUGCUGCAUAUCCUCGAGACGCUGCUACGGUAGUAGUAGGAGACACAUUGACACCGAUUGCAGGGGGAUGUGUGGUGAGAUGCGCUGUUACCUUGAGGGUGCUGUUUUCUUCUUUGAGAAAGGUGUUGUCCCGUUCGGCCUUGUUGAGCCGCUGGCGCCACAACCGGCCUUCCUCUUCCGCAUAGUUCUGCAUACACACACACAGACAGAUAUGUACAAGCAUCUGUACGCCUGCUGCCUGCCUAAUAUUUGUUUUUGCCUUUUCCUGGAGAACGGCCCUGAGCCGGUCGGCCUGCCCCUGCAGGCGCCUCUCAAAGGUUUCCUCGGCUGUACGAGCCUUCUUCUCGUCCUGCAUACAGGUGAUGUGUGCCCAUAGAUGACCGUACGAACCAGCAGAUGACCAUUCUGGGCUGGCCCACCUGCAUCUUCUUGGCAUUGAUGGCAUCGACGCGGCGCCGCAACUCACCCAGAUGCUCCUGGAGGUCCUCAGCCGAACUGACAUGACGUGGACGCACCGCCCCUCAUCCAUCCAUUCUCGUAUUGUUGUGACACCCACCCACCCAUACACACAUACAUGUAUACCUUAGCGGCGUUUGAGUGCCAUCCAUCCUGUCUUCAGGAUUGGUAUGGGCCCUGUUGUAAGCAUUGGGAAGAGGAGAAGGAGACGCGAAGGGGUUGGGGGGAUCGACCGUAGCGGAACGAUACACAGACUGAGCAGAAGGAGUAGCAGCAGCGGCAGGGGCGGCAGCGGCGGCAGGGGCACCCCCAUCCUCGAACCGCAACUGAACAACACCAAAGAGCGAACAACGAAUGCGCCACAUGCUUCCCUGCUGUUUCUUCAUCGCCUCACGUACGCAUCGAGUGGUGGUUCUGGCGAUGUCCUGUCUGUGUCUCCCCUGGCCCGGCUCCAUCUCCACCUCUGCCCAGCUUGUCGCCCUCUGUGCCCUCCCCCUCGGGCGGACGUCCUCACUUGACCGACCUGGCUUCACACCACCAGACCUCCGCUGACGCUCACCGGGCCCCCUCGGCGACGAACAGGCCGAGAAGGACGAGCAGUGCAUCCUUGCCGAAAGCAGUGGCGGGUGGGGAUCGACGUGGGCUGCUCCCGGCUGCUGCGGGAUGACCAGUGGCUCCUCCUCCCUAAUGGCCGACAGGUCUGGCAGCGGCGGCACGAUCCGAGUGGCGGGUUCGUGACUGAAGGAGGGAGACCUGGGCAGCAGCGAGGCAGCAGCUGCCGAUGGGCUGACACGGGGCGAAAGCACACCGGGGUAGAGCAGCGGCGGACACACCGCUGGCUUCACGCAGGUGUCGAACAGGGCGCACCUUGAGGAGCUAUGCUGGCUGAGCCUCGUCUCUGGCGACAGCUGAAUCUGAGGCUGAUGCCGACGGGCAGCCGAAUAUGACGGCCGCGGGCUCAGAAAACAGAAAGGGUUGCUCCGCGGCCUCGUCCGCGGCUUGCUGUGGAACACCAGGUGCUGUGAGUCGGUGCUGUCCGUCUUGGCGUCACUAGGAUGCCUCUUUGCAGUGGUGCAGGGGAGCCGCAGAACGAUCGGCGGCCGACAGGUGACUCGCGCCACACUCUCAGCAGCGCAGUUUGUGGGAUAACUGAGGAGGGGAGCUGGGCAUGGCGAGGGAGGCACCGGCAAGUGGGGGACGGAGGCGCUGGGCGGGAUGGAGACGUACGGCAGGAGGGGCGAGGAGGGGCCGCUGCAGGACGGCGCGGGAUCCCCUGCUGCCGACGAUGUGGCUGUUGCUGUCAGUGCAGAAGCGCUCAUUCCUUCUCUUGGGGGCUGAGACUGCUCC